AAAACAUUAUUCCCAACUCUGAUACGUCUAACCACGGUCAGUUUACCAAAUAAGUCUAGGAAAUGCCAAUUGUUUUCACAAUAUUUCAGUUUUAGAUCCCAAAUUCAUUUUCUGAAGGAGUCUAAUAAUAGCUGGAUGAAAGCCUACUCCAGUAAAUUAUUAGGGCAAGGGCGUUUAUGCUGAAGUAUCCAAUGCGUACAGUUCACAUUGUCAGGCAGCUUUAAACCCUUUUUUUGAAAACACGACAGUAGCCUGCUACACAUUAAUACGCUUUGUUCCUUGUCAUUGGGCUCUGGUGUUUUUUCCUUAUGGAGGCCACCUUCAGUCUUAACUACAUCAGAACACUCCAAUUGUCUAUUGCUGAUUUAAGAUUUGGUUUAUUUAUUUAAUAAAAUGAACUGUGCUACUGCAGCAUUUUACUCCAGUAUUUUGCUGUAAACACUAUACUUUAAAGUGGUAAUUUGCUGUAAAUGCAUUUUUAUUAUACAGCAGUAAACUAUAGUGGCCAUACUUAGUACUGUAGUCUACUAUAACCUCCUUGAAUAAUGCAUACUUCAAAGUGGUUAUAGAAAUUUUCAGAAUUUACUAUAGCAUACUUUCAAGGAGGUGUAAUUGCCAGUAGUAUUUACUACAGUGCCUGUAUGUUAUACAAUAUUUUAAAAAAAAGCAUUUACAGCAAAUGUGCUCAUUAACAAUAGAAUCCUGUAUUAAAAUGUGUUUUAAAAAAGUUGCAAUAAUUUAAAGUUGUGUGAAGUUUAGAUUUUAUUUUUCAUAGAACAUAAUCCUGAAUAAGGGACACUGCAAUCACCACAGAGAGCAUAGGGAAACUAGUACCUCUUCUUCAGACCUUCAUAGCUGAUAGCUUCUUUUUUUGUACUAAAUGUUACUCACAUGGGACUGUAAGGAUGUAACAUUUUAUUUACAAAUUCGUCCCUCGCUGAAGCUGGUGUUUGUGAAAGUUUAACUAACUGACAAGGGGCAGGGAAAAGCUAAUAAAGGGAAUGAAAAUUGAUUAUACCAUACUACACCUCUUUUCAAUAGCCAAAGACAAACCAGUUAACAUCUUUUCUUUGAAAUCGGGUGAGGACACAUGGUGAGGACUGUUAAGAUGGAGCAGGACUGUCAAGUCGGAAAACCCAUGCCUGCAGCUGAUCCCAAUCUGACAAGCCCAGACAAUCAUCAUGACCUCACUGCCAGUGCAAGAGAGGAAGUGGAAAGCACCAAGGAGAACGAGGGUGAUUCCACACACAUGGACCAGAGCAAUGCCCAAGAGAAGCCAGUCAUGAAAACUAAGAUGGAACCCUCCUCCACAAAACUGUGUGGGUACCUGAACAAACUGGGGGGGCCCUUGAAGGCCUGGAAAGCCCGCUGGUUUAUUUUCGAAGAGAAGAAGUGCCAGCUGUACUACUACAGAACGUCACAGGAUGUCAAUCCCUUGGGAAGCAUUGACCUGGCUAACGCUACCUUUGGCUACCCGGCUCAAGAUCAGGAAGAGACCUUUCAAAUUCAAAUCCCAGGACGGGUUGUUGGAUGGGCAGUUGAGAUGCUUGUGCUCUUUUUCAGGAAGGACAGAGGACUUCCUCCCAGCAGUAAAGACCCCCAAGGGCCUAGUUGGAGAAACCGCAGCACCCCAUCACAGAGAUACAUUUCGUUUCCUCUGUACUUUGCCUUCAGAAGUCAGUUUGUGUUUCCUCUGCCUUGCCCUUACAGGAACACAGUCCUCAAUAUCUGUGGAAACAAGCCAGCUCAGGAGCUGAGGCGGAGUGUGUUCAACUUUGACAAGAUUCAGCAGUCGGAAGACUGUCCCUGUGAGGAUCCUGUGACACAGAUACUGGGGGAGACAACAGGUGCGUCCUUCAGUUGA